AGAUGGAAAUGCUAUCGAUAACAUGAGCGACAGUAGCAUAGAUGUCGUAUGUGUAUUAGCUGUCAAACGGUUAUAGACAGUCAUCAAUAACUAAAGUUCUGCGUCUAGUUUUAUGAUCUAGGUGCACUAUUUUCGUUGCUAGUUUAAGGUAGAUAUACUCGCUGUUUUAAGAACUCGACUGAAGCUCUUUUUUUUAUGAGAGCAUUGGCAAAAGAGCAAUACACCAUUCCCGAUCGCGUGCGCUCCUGUUACAUAUUCGCUGUAGAUCGUGUACAUAUUUUGCUUUUUUGAGAAAUUUGCACACCAUACCUCAGUAAUAAGCAGCGAACUAAACAAGCUUUGCAUAAUUAAUCCUUUUGUUUCGUAGCGGCCAUUUGUAAAACAAACCAGUGCAUAGAUAUUCGUGACAGCCGCAGACAACUAAUGGUUGUGGUUAACGGCAUCUGAAAAGUAACGUCCCACGAAGAAUCUCAAGAGAAGCUGCGUACUGAACAUCUGCAAUAUGCACUAGCAAAUUACCAUUUGCACUUUUUUCUGCCAAAGUAACUGGGGCACUUCAGAAUGAGCUUCUUGUUUGGCAGUCGCUCAUCAAAAACAUUUAAACCGAAGAAGAAUAUACCUGAAGGGACGCACCAGUAUGACUUAAUGAAACAUGCUGCUGCAACAUUGGGUUCCGGUAAUCUGCGGCUCGCAGUUAUGUUGCCUGAAGGAGAAGAUUUAAAUGAGUGGGUCGCAGUUAACACUGUGGACUUCUUUAAUCAGAUAAAUAUGUUAUAUGGAACAAUAACAGAAUUUUGCACUGAAGACAGUUGUCCUAUAAUGUCAGCAGGACCAAAGUAUGAAUACCAUUGGGCAGAUGGACAUACUGUAAAGAAACCUAUAAAAUGUUCUGCCCCUAAAUACAUAGAUUAUUUAAUGACAUGGGUGCAAGAUCAGUUAGAUGAUGAAACAUUAUUUCCUUCAAAAAUUGGAGUACCAUUUCCCAAAAAUUUCCUUUCCAUUGCAAAGACGAUACUGAAGAGACUUUUCAGAGUGUAUGCACAUAUUUAUCACCAGCAUUUCUCUGAAGUUGUCCAGCUGGGUGAAGAGGCGCAUCUCAAUACAUCAUUUAAACACUUCAUCUUUUUUGUUCAGGAAUUCAAUUUGAUUGAUCGAAAAGAAUUAGCGCCUUUACAGGAAUUAAUUGAGAAGCUAACAGCAAAAGAAUGUCGAUAAAAAGGAAAUGCUUUCAAAUACUCUGUGGGGACAAUAUAUAAAGUGAACAAAAUAUAUUUACAUACAUUUGUAUAGUUUUUGUGUAAUUUCUCACAUGGUGCCGUUACAUAGCUUAUCAUGCGUUGUUGCACAUUGUUCCUGUUGGAUUGUCUGUUAGUCCAGAUCACAAAGUGAGAAUGAAAAAUAUGAUGGAAAAUUCUUAUCAGUGAGUGUCUUAACUCUUACCAGUUUCUUGAGAAGAUUAGUAAGUAUGUAUUUAUUUUUGUGGUAGUGACAGAAGCAGACAGAAUGUGUAACAUUAUUACAAUAUCCAGAUUCUUAUGUGGCUGUCUACUUGGCUUCAUAUACUUUGAGUUUAGCAUAUGCAUUUGUUCUGCUGAUCUGAUGCAGUAUUUCAGUUGCAAAUAUUUCUUUCUCUUUUUAUGUGUCAGUUUUAGUCAUUUGCUUUCAAUGUUUGGCUAGACAUUGUUUUGUUGAUUGUUAAAUGUUGUUGCUGUAGUAUUUAUUACUAUUUUAUUGUACAAAAUGUGGUUGCAAUGCAACAGAAAGAGCAAAUAAAUUAUAUAUAAAACAUGUAA